GGCUGGCUUUCACUAUCAAAUGUCGCGUCAGAGGUCGGAUAGGCCCAACCCAUUUUCCCUCCCUGACGACAAGGCACGGAAAAAGCCGGGCUUUCCCGGAUUGAGGUUGGUUACCAGGAAAGCGCAACCCCCGGUACUUUUUCCACCGGGUGACCAUGUUCUGCUGCCCCUGUUUGGUAUACUUCAUGAGCGACACGCUCCUCUGUAGCGUUUGGGGAAAUGCUGCGGUCUAUUACGCGCCUAACAUGUCACCCAACCAGAAGAAGCACCUUCGGAUUGGCACCCAGAUUGGCUACGCUGGGCAGUACAUCUACGCCACAUAUCUAUGGGCCCAAAAGGGCGUCGUCCUCUGUUUCAUUGAGCGGCUUCUGGGCUUGCUGCCCUGGCCAUACAUUUGGAUUCGGGUCUCCUGGGCUAUCUUGAUCGUUACCUUCAUUGCGAUCGAGCUUGUCUACUUGACCGUAUGCAUACCAGCGUAUCUAUACUGGCAGAUUGAGCCUGCUCCAGAUUCCUGCGCCCGAGAGUUUUACCCUAUCGACAAUUUCCUAAUAAUGGACUGUAUCACUGAUGCUAUGCUCCUUGUGCUCCCUUUUUAUUGGCUCUUCAAAGUCCGACAGCCAUUGGGCCAACGCCUCUGGAUACUCGCCCCCUUCUCCAUUGGCAUCUUUCUGAUCGCAGUGACUUCGAUCCGUCUCUGGAACUACUCCGGUCUACUCGACCCGAGCUUUCAGGUCCUGCUGAACCCGAUCGAGGAGCUUUUCUCCGCCAUCGUCGCCAAUGUCCCAACGUUGUGGAGUCUCCGACGGGCCAGACAACCAGCUCCUCCUCCUAUCCCGAUGCAUCCACCCCCCAAGCGAGUUCCUCGAGCGCUGAACAGUAUACUUAUCACCGAGACGACGGAUGUGGAGCAUUAUGUUUUGGAGGAGCCGAUGCAGUCUACCAAUACGAUCGAGGAGAGUUUGGGGGACGAGAGCGAUGGACACUUGGUCCGAAGUAAUCAGAAGGAAGGUCAUUCGAUGGUGUAA